GGACACUUCCUCCCGCAAUCUCGGCUUCCUCGCCCAACCUCAAUUACAGCGUCUCCGGGGGCGCGGGGCGGGGGGGGUUCUUUUUCCCCUGACUCUGCCGCGCUCCUCCUGCCUUUCCAAUUCUUCCCGGUGCCUGCUCAGAGACGCCGGCUCCACUAGCUCCCUCGGCUAGAUUUCCUCUCCACUACCCGGCGCGGAGGCGGCCCGGGCAGCGCACCCCAGCCUUCUCCCAGCAAGUCACAGCUGCCCCGCCUCCCCGCCCGGGACCGGCUUGCUCAGCGCAGGCGCACCGACACGGCCAGGAGGCCGAGAGCGACCAAAGCAACCUCGGCCUCCGCCUCCUCCCGUAGUAUCCGCGCGGGGCUGGUCGGCGGCCACCGGGACCGCGCCGGGCAGGGGCCCCGCGGGCCGCGCGUUGUAAUGGGCUCGAGCUGGAGUAGUGAGGAGGAGCGGCAACCGCUUCUAGGGCCCGGGCUCGGGCCUGCGCCGGGAGCUGCUUGGAGAAGCCGGGAGGCGGCGGAGGCGCUGCCCGGGGCCGCCCCGAGUCCCGGGCGAGUGUACGGGCGGCGCUGGCUGGUGCUGCUGCUCUUUUCGCUGCUGGGGUUCGCUCAGGGCCUGGUCUGGAACACCUGGGGCCCCAUCCAGAACUCGGCGCGGCAGGCCUAUGGUUUCUCCAGCUGGGACAUCGCGCUGCUAGUGCUGUGGGGGCCCAUCGGCUUCCUGCCUUGCUUCGCAUUCAUGUGGCUUCUGGACAAGAGAGGUCUUCGGAUAACAGUGCUUCUAACAUCCUUCCUUAUGGUUUUGGGAACUGGUCUAAGAUGCAUACCUAUAUCAGACUUAAUGCUGAAAAGAAGAUUAAUCCAUGGAGGACAGCUGCUAAAUGGAUUGGCAGGUCCGACUGUAAUGAAUGCAGCUCCAUUCCUCUCAACGACGUGGUUCUCUGCAGACGAGCGGGCCACUGCCACAGCUAUUGCAUCAAUGCUCAGUUACCUUGGGGGAGCAUGUGCAUUUCUAGUUGGACCACUUGUUGUUCCAGCUCCCAACGGGACAGCGCCUCUUCUUGCUUCGGAGAAUAGCAGGGCCCACAUUAAAGAUCGCAUAGAGACCGUAUUAUAUGCAGAAUUUGGAGUUGUCUGCUUACUAUUUUCUGCAACACUAGCUUAUUUCCCACCCCGGCCUCCUCUUCCUCCCAGUGUUGCUGCAGCUAGCCAGCGGCUGAGUUAUCGGCGGAGCUUUUGUAGGUUAUUAAGCAAUUUGAGAUUUUUGAUGAUUGCUUUAGCAUAUGCCAUACCACUUGGUGUAUUUGCUGGCUGGUCUGGAGUUCUGGACUUAAUUUUAACACCAGUGCAUGUCAGCCAAGUAGAUGCUGGCUGGAUUGGAUUUUGGUCCAUAGUUGGAGGCUGUGUUGUUGGAAUAGCUAUGGCAAGGUUUGCAGAUUUUAUCAGGGGUAUGCUGAAACUAAUUCUUCUCCUCCUGUUUUCUGGGGCUACACUGUCAUCCACGUGGUUCACACUGACCUGUUUGAACAGCAUCACACACCUGCCUUUAACCACAGUGACACUGUACGCCUCCUGUAUUCUCCUGGGAGUGUUCCUGAAUAGCAGUAUACCUAUAUUUUUUGAGCUUUUUGUGGAAACCGUCUACCCAGUUCCGGAAGGAAUUACUUGUGGAGUUGUCACUUUUUUAAGUAAUAUGUUCAUGGGAGUACUUUUGUUUUUUCUCACCUUUUAUCACACAGAGUUGUCUUGGUUCAACUGGUGCCUUCCCGGGUCGUGUUUGCUCAGUCUCCUCCUCAUUCUGUGCUUCAGGGAAUCCUAUGACAGACUCUAUCUUGAUGUGGUUGUCUCAGUAUAAUAGCACAGACUUGAAGGAGCUUAAAAAGAGACUGGAAAUCAAUACUGCACACUGCACAGUCGCUUGGAAUUGCACAUCUAACAGGAAAAAAAAGGAGAAGAGAGAAACUUCAUUCAGAGGUUUUGUUAGGUUACAGAUGAUGACGUUAAUUUCAUUACUACGAGGUAAUAAUAAUGUGGAACCUGAGUGAUAAUAGGGGACUUUUAAAACCGUAUCAAUGGCAUACCUGUGCCUGAGUCUGGGGUUACAAGUGUGAUGUCUUACACAGAAAGCACUGAGUAAUUCCUUCUGUGUUUUGUGCCAGUGCUCAACUACUGAUUGAUUAAUUAUGCAAAGAAAUCAAGGGUGUCUGUCAUGAAGAUAACUCCUUCCCUAAGUCACCUAUCAGAAUAGGAAGAAAUGCCACUAACUUCUAAAGAAGUUUAAACCCUAUAUCAGAUUUUAAUUAUAAAAUAGCCAAGAGGCAUAUCAGUGAUAGAAAUUAGCCACGUGUACACUACAUUUUUUUCUAAUAAAGCCAUUUCUUAUACGACUCCUUAUUUUUAAUUAGGGCGGAAACCUUUGGCCAUCCUACUCUAUGACGAUCAAGUGCUUUUUUCCAGCAACUUCAGAGCGCAUACUUUGCGUCUCAGUCUUAACUUAUCCUUGUUUCUGUGAAAUGCAGUUUCAUCUACUCGGCUCUUAAAUGGUUAUAUUAAAGGUGACUAAAUGUUUCAUAUAGUCGCAUUAAAUACUGUAGAAAAAAAUGUAAUUCCGUUCCGACUUAGCACUUUGUUAAAAGUGAAAUGACAAGUUCCACAGAACAUCCCGUGUCUUCGGGCAGAUGUAUAUGCGGUGGCAUGGGAUGGAAAAUCCAGCACCAGCUGUUAUUUGCCAGGGUGACCUUUUAUUAAAUGACCCUUGUUUGAAAUUAACAACUUAUAGCAUUGAAACUUU